AGAACUGUUUGGAUUUAAAUAAAAGCUUCAAAUGUAUACAUCAAUCAUUAUCUUAAUGGGUGGCAAAACAUUAAUACAAAUGUUAAACUUGUUUUGUAUGCUUGAAAUAAUUAAUUUGAUCAGCUUCGUUUGAUUUAGAUGUUUUUUUGUUUUGUUUUUUUGUUUUUUUUUGUUGUUGUUUAGUUUUAAAUUGAGAUCGCUAGAGGGAGACAUUUUGUUAAUCCUAAUCUCAGCACAGGCUCGUCUUCACAGCACUGUGUAUGAUGUAUAUACAGUUAGAGCUGGAUCAGUACAGCACACUAUACAGACACCGAUCCGUAUAUUUAUUCACAUAAACUCCCCGGUUUAAGACGCAAGAGGACUUGCUGCGUCAUGUUGAGAAAGAAGAAUGGACCCGGGACCUCCCAACUUAAACCAGACGAUCCCCUGAUAAAAAUGGGGGUCCAGGAUGAUGACGACGUGAAAACGAUGCUGCGAGGCUCUUCUAUGACGAAGGUGCGUUCUCCACGCUGGAAGAGGAAGCGUAUGCUAAAGCUGAUGAAUGACGGAGUCACUAUCUGGUGUGAAUCCAACAAGGCCACCAACAAAGCCAAAUGUCAGCAGUCCUUCUCUGUGAUGGAAGUGGAGUGCGUGCAGGAGGGUUGUAAGUCUGAGACGUUGAGAAACUUGGCCACCUCGCUUCCAGAAGAGCAGUGUCUUACCAUUGUGUUCAAGGGAGGAAGGAAGAGCUUGGAUCUCCAGUGUGACACAAAAGAGGAGGCCCAGCACUGGGUCCAUGGCAUUCAAACCCUACAGGGCAGAGUAAACAACAUGACCCAGAAAGAGAAACUUGACAACUGGAUCUAUGGCUACCUGAAACAAGCUGACAUGAACCAUGAUGGCAAGAUGACAUAUGAGGAGGUCCAGACCCUUUUCAAGAUGAUCAACAUAGAGCUGAGUGAAGAAAAUGCUGCCAGCCUCUUCAAGAAGUGUGAUAAAUCAGCAGAUGGAAGGCUUGAACAUGAGGAGAUUGAGCUGUUUUGCCGUGAGUUACUACGUCGCCCUGAGCUUGAUGCGGUGUUUCAGCAGUACUCCGCUAACGGUUAUGUCCUGUCCACUGUGGAUUUGCGUGAAUUCCUGAAAGACCAGGGCGAAGACCACACGCUUGUACAUGCUCAGAGCCUCAUCCUUACCUAUGAGCUCAAUGAAUGGGCCCAGAAGAACCAGUUUAUGACGCCCAAUGGUUUCACCAUGUACAUGCUCUCUAAGGAGAAUGAUGUGUAUAAUCCAGAGCAUGGAAGAGUCUACCAGGACAUGAGCCGCCCACUCAGUCACUACUUUAUCUCCUCCUCACACAACACCUACCUCACUAAAGACCAGCUCAUCGGUGAGAGCAGUGUUGACCCUUAUAUCAGAGCUUUGAGUCAAGGCUGUCGAUGUGUGGAACUGGACUGCUGGGAUGGGGAAAAGGAGCCAAUUAUUUACCAUGGACACACCCUCACAUCCAAAGUCCCAUUUAGCGAGGUUUUGAAGGUCAUCGCUGAAUAUGCAUUCAGGACUUCUCCAUAUCCUCUUAUUCUGUCUCUGGAGAACCACUGCUGUGUGGAGCAGCAGACUAUCAUGGCCCAGCAGCUGCGCUCAAUUCUGGGGGAGAAACUGCUCACCAAACCUCUCAAUGACAAGGCACUUCAGUGCCUACCAUCACCAGAGGACCUAAUAGGAAAGAUAUUAAUAAAAGCAAAGAAGAUCAAAGUUGAGCAGGAAAGCUCCAGCUCUGACUCAAGCUCCUCAGAUGAUGAAUCUAAAGCAGAAAGCAAACCUAAAGCACGGAAGAGGGACUGCAAGUUGAGUCCAGAGCUGUCUGACCUGGUGGUGUACACCCACAGUGUUGCUUUCAAACAGUUUGAUCCAUGUGCCAGAAAACCUCCCAAUGAAAUAUCUUCGUUCUCUGAGAGUGAUGCGUCGAAACUAAUCAAAGAAUCAGGGAAGUUGUUUGUACGUCACAACAGCAUGCAACUGAGCAGGAUCUACCCAUCUGGUCAGCGUGUGCAAUCCUCCAACUACAACCCUCAAGACAUGUGGAAUGCUGGUUGUCAGAUGGUGGCAUUGAACUUCCAAACCCAAUGUGAAGAGAUGGAUCUAAACAGAGGCCGUUUUUUACCAAACGGUUGCUGUGGUUACUUUCUAAAACCAAGCUUUAUGUGCCAGUCUGAUUCAGAGUUUAACCCGGAAAACACUGGGGGAGGCCCUGGCCACAAUCCAACACUUCUUACUAUCAAGGUGAUUUCAGCCCAGCAGCUGCCUAAACCUGACAAAGAGAAGCUCAGCUCAAUUGUAGACCCUCUUGUAUGGGUGCAGACUUAUGGGGCUCCCAUAGAUAACAACACAAAGAAGACGCACCGCAUCGACAAUAAUGGCUUUAAUCCCAGAUGGGACUGCACUUUUAAGUUCCAACUUCAUGUGCCAGAGCUGGUAUUAGUACGCUUCAAGGUUGAAGACCAUGACUACACCACUAAGAAUGAUUUUCUGGGCCAGUUUACUCUUCCUUUCACAAGCAUGCGGACAGGUUACAGACAUGUUCAUCUGCUGAAGGCAGACGGCUCUAGCAUGUCUCCCUCCAGUCUCUUCAUCCAUGUUAAAAUCACACCUGGCUACAGCAGCCCUGCUGGACAAGUGGGCGCUCGUAAUGCCUGAGAAUAAAGCAAUGAGUUAAAGCAUGGAGUUCUUAUCUAGGAAAUUAUAUUUUUUAUAUCAAAUUGAAGCCCAAAGUGUGAGACAAGGUAUAAUUUACUUAAAAAUGAUGCAGAAGCCAUUUCACACUGUGAAAAAGAAUAUGUGUGUCUUGUUUUUCAGUUGAAAUAAGUACAUUUUCUCAAUUUUUUUACGAAGAAAAAAAAUUACACAAAGAAAUACCAUGUAAGGCAUGUAAUGCAUCUUGAAUGAAGUUAAUUCUAGUAUUUUAAGUAUAAUUGUGGCAAUUUAGUAUUAAUUUAUAUCAAUUUAUAUCGUUAUGUUACUGGAAAACUGGAAAAGACUAUAUGUUCAAGAAAAUUAUUAUUAUUAUUAUUAUUAUUAUUAUAUGUGCAGAUGUAAGCAUAUUACAAAGGUACAAUGGUAAUGCUGUUAUGUAAUGUCCUAAAAUGGUAAAGCAAUACAUUUGAUAUGCACCAGCCCAUGUUAUGUAAAUAUUGUUACAUUUCCUAAUGAAAUGUUGGUAACACUUUAUUUUACGGUUUCUUAACUAGUUGCUUAUUAGCAUGCAUAUUACUAGAAUAUAAGCCAUUUAUUAGUACUAAUUAAGCACAUAUUAAUGCCUUAUUCUACAUGACCUUAUUCUACAUCCUUAAUCCUACCCAAUACCUAAACUUAACAACUACUUAACAAGUAUUAAUAAGCAGCAAAUUAGGAAUUUAUUAAGGGAAAAGUCGUAGUUAAUAGUGUAUAAGUGUCCCCUGUUCUAAAGUGUUACCAAAAUGUUUUACUAUGCAGCAAAGAGUGGAAUUGACUCACAGAUUAAGCAUAGCAAGCGCAUAUACAUAAGCGUAUAGUAGAGGUCGACCGAUAUUGGAUUUUACCGAUACCGAUAACUAGGUUUGACCACACUGGCUGAUACCGAAUAAUCGACUGAUAGUUUUUAAAAUGGAUAAUGAACGGAAAAUAAAUAGUGCUCUACUAUUUAAAAAAAAAAAAAAACUGAACCUACUGAAUCAUACUUUGUAAAUGAAUAAAAAUAUUAAUAUUAAUUAUAUAUUGUUCAUUACAGUUAGUCCAUUGUUCAUUAAAGUUAACAAAAGCAACAAAUGUUUUUACAAAUAUAUCAGUGUAUGCUGAAAUUAACACACUCUAACAAGGAACAAGCAGUGUCACGUGUCUAAACAAAUGGCACAUGCGAUCAGUGAUUUCUGCCACUAUAGGCCGCUCUCGUGCUGUAUAACAAAGACUAUAGGGACUUUCCUGUAUAAUGAUGACCUUCUCAGCCGCUCCAGUAACGGACCCAACCUGUAAAAAAAAAUACCGGCAUGGAUUUUUGCCGAUAACCUUUAGUUCCGCCAAAUUAACUAUCGGUGCCGAUUAAUCAGCAAAACCGAUACAUCGGUCGACCUCGAGCGUAUAGGUUGACAAAUUACUUAGUUGGGCCAGUGUAAUGCUUAUGGAAGAAAUACUCUCUAAAACUACUCCGCUUAGAUGUCAACACACAGACAAAUGAAGAAAGAAAAAGUGGUUUUAUUUGUUUCUUAGGCUGAUGAUACACAGGGCAGUGUUGCCAUCAAUGGGCAACCAGAUGUGAGACCGAGCCCACGACCAAUCCAGAUAGAAAUUUGUUACCCAUUCUCAGUGGGAAAGUGCCCAAGCAGCAUUGCUCAAAAAAGUUGUGUGUAUCAUCAGCCUUAGAUGUCGUUGCUAAGUUAACCUUUAAAACCUUUUAAACUUUUAUGUUGAAGUGUUUACAGCAUUUAACUUGUGUUACUGUUAGUCAGUUUCUCUAGUUCAAUUUUUAUAAUAUAUUUAUAGAAUAGUUAUUUUUAGGAUUUUAGGUAUUUUUGUCUCGAAGUGCAGUUUUAGCUUCAGUAGUUUUAGACUAAUUGGAAAUGCUUGAAAAUGCGAUGAUCUGUUCAUUUUGAUAUACAUGUUAACUGAUAGAAAUCUUAAUGAACUGAACAAGUGCUCUGUAGCCAUUUUAUGUAUUUUUAAAAAGCCUGUUAAAACAGUAAUGAAAUGGAGAAUCAAAAUAUUUUUAAUAUUUAGACAUACAAGAGAUUACUCUACAAUAAAAAUAUAGGUUUCAGAACUUAAACUAACUCCCCAGUUAAAAAUAUGAAUUAUUUUCUACUCUUCAGAAACGCCUAUAUUAAAAUCUUAAGAAUUGUGACAUCACGAUUCUUCUCAACAUGCCCUGUGUCAUCAUCAUAUGUGAUCAAGAAGGUGUGUUCUGAUUCUGAACAACUCAUGUCUGUCUGUCCAACAAUCACAAUACUACUGUUAGGUAAAGAAAGACCUUUGAUGCAAUAUAAGAUGCAUUACAUAAACUAACCUAGAGAAACAUCAAAUAAAAAUCCAAAACUGCAUUGACCAUCAUGACCUGUGAUCAGUGUAACAUGUAAGGGCUCAUAUACAAACAUUCUUUUUUGCAAAGUGAGUUACUGUUGUUUAUGCAUUAGUGAAUCAAACAACUGAAAAUCACCUUUAAACUUCACAAUUUUUUAUUUUUUAUUUUUGUAAACAAAGAUUAAGGAAUUUGAAAAUGUUUCAAUCAAUACAGCAAACUUUUUUUCUCAAGAGGUAAGCUAAACUUAAGGUAAAAGUAUUCUUAAUAUGUUGGACAUUUAUUGAAAAUAGCCUACUUCUAGCUGCUGAGGCAUGCCUUCACUUUUAUAGACCCCAUAAGAGUUGUGUUUCUGUUGUUUGAGUUAGGGGAAGUGUAACAAUAAAAGGGCCUUUUUUGAAAGCAUGUCUUAUUUUUGUAGUGCCACUGGAUGACACUAGUAGCGCAGAAACUGCCUACCCUACCUUUAAUCUUGGCAGCUGUUAAAUGAAAAACAGUGAUGUGUUAUAACCUGUUUGUUUGUCUAUAUAUAUAUAUAUAUAUAUAUAUAUGUAUGUGUGUAUAUAAAGUUCUAUUUUGGCAAAUGUAAAAGCCCUUUCACACUAAAAGCGAAAUGAAUAAGCCUUAGGCUGAAGGAAAAGUCAAUUUACAUCUGUGCAGUAGAACGCAGAAGAAGAAAGUUCAACACACUUCUAUCCAGAGUAAUUUUUGCUUAUUAGUAUGGUUGAAUUGGAUCAUAGAAGGUCAGCAGCAAAGAAACUGGUUAAUAAACUGAGAUAAAGGAUAUUUGUGUUUUAACAUUUAAUUAUUGCAGGUUUGUGUCAUAUUCUCAGUUGCAUUUCAUUGUUUUUAUUCAUUUUGAUGAAUACUGACUUUUUUUUUAUUUAUUUAUUUUUUUUUUAGAUUAAUUCAUGUUCAUAUUUAUUCUAGAACUUUAGUAACAUCUUAUUCCUGAUUUCCCUCAACAAGGGGACAGGAGACCUGUCAGUCAAUAAAUGGGGAAAAAGUAAUUGGCAUUACUUAUUUGAAAAAUUAACUACAUUACUAGUUACUUGUAAUGCGUUACCCCCAACACUGGCAUUGAGCAAUGUGACAGCCUGCUUCAAGCAAAAAAUACACUACACACUUGCUGCAUCCCAGUGUACAGGGUUUGAUUUUCUAUACCUUGUGAAACAAGCUAAAAGCCAGUUUGUUGUUGUUGUUGUUGUUGUUGUUGUUGUUGUUGUUGUUGAGCUCAGGUGCCUCCAGUUUCCACUGAUCAUCCUUGAGAUGUUUCUACAACUUGCCUGAAGUCCACCUGUGGUAAAUUCAGUUGAUUGGACAUGAUUUGGAAAGGCACACACUUGUCUAUAUAAGGUCCCACAGUUAAGAGUGCAUGUCAGAGCACAAACCAAGUCAUGAAGUCCAAAGAAUUGUUUGUAGACCUCCAAGACAGGAUUAUAUCAAGGCACAGAUAUGGAGAAGGGUACAGAAAAAUUUCUGCAGCAUUGAAGGUCCCAAUGUGGCCUCCAUCAUCUGUAAAUGGAAAGAGUUUGGAACCACCAGGAUUCUUCCAAGAGCUAGUUGCCCAGCCAAACUGAGCAAUUGAAAGAGAAGAGCCUUGUCUAGAGUGGUGCCCAGGAACCUGAUGGUUACUCUAGAAACCUACAGAAGGACAAACAUCACUGCAACACUCCACUGAUCUGGUCUUUAUGGCGGUGUGGCCAAACUUGAUCCUCUGCUCAGUGAAAAUGCAUGAAAACACACUUGGAAUUUGCAAAAAAAAAAAAACACCUAAAGGACCCUCAUAUUCUGAGAAACAAGAUUGUCUGGCCUGAUGAACCUCAAUGCUAAGCAUCAUGUUUGAAGGAACCAGCUCUUCUCAUUCACCUGCAGAGUACCACCCAAAAGUAAAGUGUGCUGAUAGCAGCCUCAUGCCACUAAAGCGACUCAUUUUUGAUAAAUUUGCCAAGAUUUCGAAAAAACCUUUUAUGUUGUCAUUAUGGGGUAUUGUUCACAGAUUUUUGAAGAAAAUAACUAAUUUAAUCCAUUUUGGAAUACGGCUGAAACAUAAAAUAUUUAAAAAAAAAAAAAAAGUGAAGCGCUGUGAAUGAAUGACACUGGUGUUGUGGAUGCACAGUAUUUAGCUUGUUGAUGAUUAUGGAUUUUUAGUCAAAUACAUGCUGUUUUGCUGUGUAUAAAACAUACAACAUGCUUGAAAUGGUUAUUGCACUAUGUGCAUGACUUUAACAUUAAAACAAGGUGAUCUUGUUUUUUUCGGGGAAAAAAGCAUACCUAUCUCAGCAGCCACUGUUUCUCCCCUCCACCAUGUUUAAAGUUUAUGGCAUGCACAACUCAGAAACGUGGGUAUAUAUAUAUAUAUAUAAAAGAAAAGACAGCAUAAGAUAAG